ACAGACUUGCCCAUACUUUACACGGAUCCCCAUUCUGGUAUCUAUGUCCGUCCGUAUCGGGAUGAGGCGGAUCUGCAACAGAUCGUACCCCUGAUCGCCACCGAUCUGUCCGAGCCUUAUUCCAUUUACACAUAUCGAUAUUUUAUUUACAACUGGCCCAAACUCUGUCUUUUGGCUUUUUCCGACGAGGAGUGUGUGGGCACGAUUGUGUGCAAAUUAGAACCAUAUUCACAGGACACAAUUCGAGGUUAUAUUGCUAUGCUGGCUGUGAAGGAGGGCUAUCGAAGACAGGGUAUUGGAUCCCGUCUGGUUCAGUUGGCUGUCCGGUUAAUGUUAGACGACAAAUGUGAUGAGGUUACCUUGGAAACGGAAAUCACUAACAAGUCCGCAUUGGCGCUUUACGAACGUCUGGGAUUCUGUCGGGACAAACGUCUCCUUCGUUAUUAUUUGAACGGAGUAGAUGCGUUUCGAUUAAAACUUUGGCUUACCCCCAAAAAGUGGGUUGCUUCUUGA